AUGGAGGCUGAGGACUCUCAGCCGGCCGUAAAGGUCGUGUUCCGCAACAUGGCGCUGGCAAAGCGCCUGCGUGAUGGCAUUGUCAGACUCGUCACGGGGGCGAUGGCGGAAAUGGACACGGAGGAGAUUGAGGCCCUGGACGCGCCAUCAGCCGCGGAUGAUGACGCGGGCACGAGCGACACAGGCACAGCAUCGCUGACAGCAGAGGCAGAAGCUCAAGCGCAGUCGCAAGCUCUACCACCCACAUCGACAGACACCAGCGAAGCGGGUGCGCCAUCCCUCGUGUUCUACACCACCCACUAUGAAGACCUCACGGGCGUGGAGCUCGUGGACUUUGACCCUAACUUGACGGACGCGUAUGCGCCUCCGCAGUACGAGCGGGCGCCCAUCGGCGCAGAUGAGCCAACGUCGCUGCUUGCCGGUACAGCGACAUCCACACCAAAGGCCCAGACUCCGACUCCAGGCAAGAAGCAGGCACGCAGCGGCCCACACACGCCCGCGGUGACUGGUGGAAGUGGCGCGGGUACGCCGUCGUCGUCGCACCUCAAACACACCGACUACGCACGUGGUGCUCGCUUGCACCAGCGGUUACAAGACGCAGCACAAGAACGGCCCUUUACCAUGAAGCAAAUCUAUGAGCCAGGUCGUCUCUCGGAGAACCUGCGCAAGGCCCUCGGCAUCAAAUCCACGGACUUGCCCAUGUACAUUGCGCGCAUGCGGCAGCUUGGAUACCCGCCCGGGUGGAAGGGCGAGAAGGGGAGGCAGCGACUGCAGCUCAUCAGGGGUUACGCCGACGCAAUGACGAUUGUGAACGGUGCUGGCGAUGAUGAUGGUGGUGAUCAUGGCGAUGGUGAUGUGGCUGAGAAGGAAGGCGAGCAGAGCGCUGCAGGGAAGGGAGAGGAGGGGACGAAGGAAAAAGAUGAUAAGGAGGUGGUGAAGUAUCCUGGCUUCAACGUGUCAGAGUCAUUCGUGCACCCGAAGGAUGGCGAAGAGGAAGCACAGCAGAGCAAAGCUGAUGCCAGUGAUGAUGAUGGUGAUGAUGGUGAUGAUGACGCGGUGAUGGUGGUUGAGGAGAAGGAGGAGGAGGGAGAGGAGGAGAAGAAGAAGGGAGGGGCAGAAGGGGGGAAGGGGGAGAAGGGUACUAGUAGCCGUAGCCGUGACAGUAGUGGCGCCGAGCAGGGUGUGGAGUUGACAAGCAGCAAGACCGCACCCGCACCCGCGAACGAGAACGAUGAUGCGAGCAACCGCAGCGCUGCUGUGACCACUGCUGCCGGUGAUGUUGCUGCUGGUGGUAAUCGUGGUGGUGUGAAGCGCAAAGCGAGCACGAGCGACAACGAAGACAUGGACAUUGAUGACGAGAACGAGGGCGCACACGAGGGAGGAGGUGUAGGGAUGGGGGACAGUCACACCCUGCCACCCGCACCUGCAAGCAACACUGCACACACCGCAACGACAACAACAGUAGCGCCAACGGAAGACAGUGGUGGUGCCCAGAAACCAACAGCAGGGCCAACGCCAACAACAACAGCAGCAGCAUCAGCAGCAACAUGUGCGAGUGGUGCGGUUGAAACUGCACCGGACAUGGCCGGCGGUUUGACGCGCAAGCGAGCAAAGAUGACGAAUGGUAGCAGUGGUGGUGACAGUGGUGGUGACAGUGGUGGUGAUGAUGGUGCGGUGAAGGAUGCUGAGAGUGGUGGUCGAGAGGAGAAGAGAUGUGAUGAAGACAUGGACGAGGACAUGGAUGUGAGCAGCGAUGACAACGACAGCACUGACGCCACGACCACUGCAACUACGCCUGCUGCUGCUACUGCAACUACUACUGCUGCUGCUGCUGCAACUACUACUGCUGUUGCUGCCACUGCUGCGGCGACUGGUGCUGGCGACAAGAAGACGGUGGUGCCCACAGACGCUGGCACGACGAGAGAUGGCAACACACACGAGCAGCCCGGACGCCCAACUGCAUUGACCAAGGCGAAAGACGGCCACGUGGCAGAGGAGGAAGAAGGGCAGCUGCCAUCAGCAACUGGAGCUGCCUUGAUAGGAGAUGCGACAAGUGGGCAACAACAACAACAACAACAACAACAACAACAACAACAACAACAACAACUACAACUACAACAGCAGCAGCAGCAGCUGUCGGCUGAUGCACGCGGCACAAAUGAGGACGAAAUUGUGGUGUUGGACGAUGGUGAUGAUGAUGAUGAUGAUGAUGACGGCCAAUGUGUUCGCGGUGGGGAUACUGGCCGAGGUGUGGCACCUUCCACGCGCGACCAAGCCUCCAGUCGGGCUGCAGCAUGGGGUGGGCAGAUUACGAUCGAUGACGAUGCUGGUGCCGACGGCAGUCGUGGUGAUGGUGACGGUGGUGGUGAUGGUCGUGGCCGACUCAGCCCUGCUGAACAGCUGCGGAAGACGUGGGUCAAGGCUGCGCGCGUCGGUGCAGCGUCCCCAGAGCACGACCGCGACUAUGACAGCGGCGACGGUGGCAACGAGGAUGGUGGCGAUGAUGAACGUGGUGAAGGCGGUGGCGACAGACACGAGACACGCGCCGCCAAGCAGCCGCAACAACACCAGCAGCCAGAACAGCGGAAGGCACGUCAACACCCGCAGGCACAACGACAACAACACAACCAACAGCACCAGCACCAGCGAGGCCGCGGGCUUGAGUCGGCGUUUUCGGACUUGCAGCGCGAAUUGCUUGCAGGCAACACGGCGGCGUGCAGGGACAUUGUGUACCGGCACCCGUUUGUUGUGCAGAUGCGCGGGAAGGGUGGCGUGACGCCGCUGCACGUGGCAUGCGCUAUGGGCAACGUCGCCUUUGCACUGGAGCUUCUCACCAUGGGCGCGGACGUGAACGCGCGCACCGAUGCAGGCGACACGCCGCUGCACAACGCCGUGUUCAUUGGGCGGGUGGACCUGGUUCGCCUGCUGCUUAUGCAUGAUGCAAGGGUUGCUGUGACGUCGAAUGACGGCGUCACGGUGAUGGACAUAGCAGCCACCAAGCCACCGCAGAUGCGCCAACUCCUGCAGCAGUACCAACAGCGCCAGCAGUAGCAGAAACAACGCUCGCAGCGGUGGCACAUGCAUGUGAUGGAGCAUGUUGGAGGGGGG